GCAGCCCCGCUCCGCCCCAGCCCGGCGGGGCCGCGGGCGCCGCGGCAGCGGACGGGGCAGGGCAGGGCUGGGCCGGGCCGGGAGCCGCGGAGCGGCGGUCAGCGCCAUGGGGCUGGAGACGGAGAAGGCGGACACCCGCAUCUUCAUGGACGACGACAACUUCCCGCGGAGCGGCGGCCCCGCGCUGUCGGAGGCGGAGAAGUGCGCGGAGGACGAGCUGGACCGCGACCCCCACGGGCUGAACACCCACCUCCAGAUGGGGUUCGAGGAUGUGAUCGCGGAGCCCGAGCUAACCCACUCCUUCGACAAAGUCUGGAUCUGCAGCCACGCUCUCUUUGAGCUCAGCAAGUACCUGAUCUACAAGCUCCUGACUCUGGUCCUUGCCAUACCGCUGGCCCUGGUUGUGGGGAUCGUCUUCGCGGUGCUCAGCUGUCUGCACAUCUGGAUUGUGGUGCCUUUCGUGAAAACCUGUCUCAUGGUUUUGCCUUCAGUGCAAACUAUAUGGAAGAGCCUGACAGAUGUUUUCGUCGUACCAUUCUUUCAGAGCAUGGGCCGAUGCUUUGCCAUGGUUAAUAUACACCUGGACCAAGAGUGAACGUCAGGGAUGCGACACCGCCGUAGUUGUAGCCGGUGUUAUACCUCUUUGCUAACCUAACAUACGAGCACUUACCGUUCAUUCCAAACUGUUCAAUUACAAUGGCUGGUUUAAGUGGGAACAUGCUAUUUUUUCUAAAACUCAUUUAUUAUCAGGGAGAUCAGUUUAGGAAUAAGUAGGCAGUUUUCAUAGCUCGCUAUUUUAACAACAGAGCGAACGCGGAGUACGUUGGCAACACUUUAUUUUAAUGGUACUUUGAUUGUUAGAUUGCAGGAGAAUUCUCGUGGAGGUUCAACAGCCACCACAGCAAUAACGAUUGGCAUUAUUACUAUAAAUAUUUCGAUGAGUAGGCUGCAAUACCUUAGGUGAAACUGAUCUCUAGGGUUUCACAUUGACUUUACUGCAGUUCUACCAGGGAUCAUUUUUGGCCAUCACUGUGCAGAAUGAUAAAUCCAGACCUUUGUUAUCAGCAGUUAAAAUGAACGUGACUCAUUGCAUAAGCAUACAGAGAAAGGAACUGUUGUGUAAUUCUCCUAUAUUGGGGGGGAAAAGCUCCCUAGAAGUUUAUCCCUUAAAAUAAGGUGUUAGCUAAUGAUUUGGAACAUCAGCUAAUCUGUAUAUUUUAUUUAAUGAGAGGUUAACUUUGCUGUAUAUUUUGUACCUUUGUAAAUGGCAUUUGGUCGGUUUUCUUUGAAGCAUUAUUUCUAUAGUAUUUGAAUUCUAACCAGCUUACUAGGCAGCAAGAGUAAGACACUGCAACAAAUAACUUCUGAUAACUAAAACUGCAGUUUCUAAAUUAUGUAGAUUUUAAGUGUUGCUGUGCAAUUCUGGUAUAUUAAUUAUAUAUGGUUGCGUGUGAAAGCAAAGAUUGUAAGUGUUUUCAUACAAGACUAUGCAAAAGAGUUGGAAAUAUCUGUUUAUGAGAAAUGGUUUUUAUUAAAAAUGGGGUGUACUAAAUGCAACCACACCUAUUUCUGUGUAUUAUCUGUGUGAACAUUGUGAUAUUUAAAAUGAUAGACACUAUGCUGGCACUUUAACUAGGUAACAAGCUCUUUUAGAAGGCAAGUGAGUGUAACUGGUAUCCUUGUCUAAUCCUCCUCGCCUAUUGACUUGACUCUCCACGUUGCCUAUUUACUACUUUAAAGCCUAACCCAUAAAAAAGCCCUUCUUCCUUCUGCACCUAAUAUGGCUUUGUAAACCAGAAUAACAGAAUGUAUGCAGAGGUACAUUAAAAUUACAUUAGCCUUCUGAUGGGCUUAUGCUGCUGUUUUCUUUAAAUACAGAUGAUAAGUUGCAAUUGUAAAAUGUUUGUAUGAUUUAGAAUGUUAUUUUCUAAAAUGAUGUCACAGAUUUCUUAUCAAACAAGAGGUAUAUAAUAAAAUAAUGAAACAUCUA